GUACCCACGGCCACCAUGACUGCAUUUCAAUAUGAUGAUUUGACAGUUGGGAUAAUCUGUUAAAGACGCCAUGAUUUUAGUCCUUCCCGCCUAUAAAUAUAUAGUAUCGUUUUCAGCUAGACUUCCACCUUCCACUUCUCCAUCUGAUCACUCUCAUUUUCUUAUUAACUCAAUAAAAUUCAAGUAAUUAUUCAUAACUCAGCAAGUUUUCUCAAAUGGCAUCCACAAAGGUUCAGAAAAAAUCUAGUUCUAGAUUGCUAUCCUCUUUAAGCUUUGGUGGUUUUGUGAAAACCCACAAACCAGCUAACAGUAAUGGAGGAAUAGAGGAUAUAGCAGUUGCACUUAGUGAAGGACUAUCUUUUAAGCAGCUGGAUCAGGUGGGAAAGCCACCCAUCAAUGGAGGGCAAUCAAAGCUAUCUAAGCAGCUGGAGGAGAAAGAGCGUACUUGGAAUAUGCUUACAUCACUGUCUGCAAUCCCAAUUUCUUAUUUCGAACCAGUCACCCAACUCCAGAAGAUUGCCGAGGUAAUGGGGUGCUGUCACUUGUUGGAUAAGGCUGAUGAGAGUGAGGAUCCUUACAUGCGGUUAGUGUAUGCCUCAUCAUGGGCAACAAGCUUCUUAUAUACGUCACAGAGGACGUUGAAGCCGUUCGAUCCAAUUCUCGGAGAGACUUUUGAAUUGGUCAAUCACCAUGGAAUUUCAUACAUUGCUGAGCAGGUUAGUGAUAGUCCACCAUUGGGUGCUUCACAUGCCGAGAAUGACCACUUCACUUAUGAUUCCACGUCCCGAUUAAAGACCAAAUUUUUUGCAAAUUCAAUUGAUGUAUGUCCUCUUGAAAGAACCCGUAUUACCCUCAAAAGAGACGGUGUAGUGUUAGACUUGGUUCCCCCUCCCUCAAAAGCGAACAACAUUGUUGUCGGAAAAACCUGGAUUGAUUUUACCGGGCACUUGACCAUGACAAACGUGACUACCGGAGACAAAGUUGUGCUAAAUUUCAAACCGUCCCGCUGGUUCAGUACGGGACGUCCCUCUGAAGUGGAUGGAUAUGUUUACAAUGCUGCAAAGGAGCCUCAAAUACAUAUGACCGGGAAAUGGAACAGUUCAAUGAGUUACCAACCAUGUGAUAUCAAAGGAGAGCCACUUGCAGGAACUGAGUUAAAAGAGGUCUGGAGCGUUGGUGACACUCCUAAAACCGAAACACUUCCUUACACAUACUUUGGUGAUAAGAUAAACAGCUUCGAAACUGCACCCGAGAAGUUGUUGUCGUCAGACUCCCGUUUACGUCCUGACAGAUAUGCAUAUGAGACCGGUGACCUAUCUAAAGCUGGUAGCGAAAAGAGCAGGUUGGAAGAGCGACAAAAGGCUGAAAAGAAAAGGCGAAAAGCUAGCGGCGUUAAAUAUAGUCCAAAAUGGUUCGAUCGAACUGAAGAAGUAGUGGCUACACAAUGGGGUGAUUUGGAGGUUUAUCAGUUCAAUGGUAAGUACAACGAACGUCGAGAAUUAUUGAAUAGCAGCAACUGUGGCGCUAGCAAUGUUCGAGAAACUGAGUUUCAUCCAUGGCAAUGAAGUGGUUGUGAUUUCGCCGGAAAGUGAAAGUUGAAUUGAUUUAUUCUGCAUAAUUUCCAUUGGGUUGCUGCUGUAAGCUCGAAAGACAAUGGCGUAAACAGUGUUCGAGCGACUAAGAUCCAUGGCAAAGAAGUGCUUGUGAUUUCGUCGGAAAUUUGAUUUAUUUCUGUAUCAUUUCCAUUGGAUUGUUGUUGUUUUUAUCUUUUGAUUCCUUGUAUACGAAAUUGUUAAUAAUAAAUGAACAUGUAUUAUGUUUUUGAAGUC